AUGCAUUCAACCUCGAUUUCAGAGGGAACCAGCGCGGGCCAAUCCCCAUUGCAAAUCCACAUCGAGGAACUCUCCUCCUUGCCCCUCCACGACUCCAUCCAAACCUUGGCACACCUCCCCGAACUGACCACCUCCAUCACGGCAACAGGCGAACGCCUCGUAACACACCCUACCUACGAAGGAAUAGGCAAGCUUGACGACCUGGGUAUACUCUAUCUCCGUGCCGCGGAUCGAUGUACCCGCGAGCACGCAUCGUUCAAAACCCGUCUCCUGCAUGUAUCCCUCGAUUCCAUGAUCGAAGCACUCUACGCAUCAAGUCAAAAGCAGCUGAAAAAGGGGAUGGCAGAUGGAUCUGUGCAUCUCCCUCCUCGACUAGAUGAAGGAUGUGCAUGUUGCAACGGCGAACCCUUUGCCGUGAUCCUGGCCGGUUUUCAUGAGGGGAAUGCGUUGCUUUUCUGGGAAGAUGAAUACAAGACCUUCUGGGGGGAAGAGGAGAGCAGGGGGAAACAGUAUGGUCUGGGCGAGAGGUGGAUCAUGGCUUCGAGGGAGCAGGUUGAGCGUGCGAUGGCGCGGGAGGAGGCGAGUGUCAUUCCUAGUAUGCUUUAG